AAAUUGAUAAAAUCCGGUUCCAUAAGAUAGCAACUAACCUUCAAAACCCAUCUGUAUUUCGUCUAUUGGUCAUAUCUAAAACCCUAACAACGCCACCGCAGGCAACCAUGACCACCGCCGGAGAUAUGGAGGAUGGCUUUCCGGCAACCAGGCUCUUCAACCAAGGAUAUUCUUACACCUACGACGACGUUAUCUUCCUCCCUCACUAUAUCGACUUCCCAACCGACGCCGUUCAGCUAAACACGAAACUCUCUCGUAACAUAAACCUCUCUGUACCAUGUGUUUCUUCUCCGAUGGACACCGUCACCGAAGCAUCCAUGGCUGUUUCUAUGGCGGCUUUAGGUGGUAUAGGAAUCAUCCACUCCAAUAACACCGCUUCUGAGCAGUCAUCCUUAAUCCGAUCCGCCAAAUCCCACCGUAUCCCUUUUGCAUCAUCCGAUAUCCCAUUUUUGUCACCGGAUGAUUCCAUUUCAUCUGGUUCUAUUUUCGAUUCCUCCCCUUGCGUUUUUAUAACCACAAACGGAUCCAAAAGUGAUAAGAAGCUGUUAGGCGUUGUUGAUAAGUUAACUUGGGAGGGUUUAGCUGAUAAGGAAGCUAGGAUUUCAAGUUAUAUGCAGAAGAACGUGGUAACGUUGCCGAAUACGUAUAAGUUCGAAGAUGUUGCUGGGUAUUUAGCUACGAAGGAGAUGGAUUUUGUGCCUUUGGUGAGCGGAGAAGGGGAGGUGAUAGAUGUGGUGAGUAAGUGGGAUGUAGAGAGGAUUAAAGGGUUCCCAAAGUCCGGUCUUCCUUCUGUUGGAGAAAAUGGCGAGUUUUUGGUCGGAGCUUCCAUUGGGACGAGGGAGAGUGAUAAACAGAGGUUAGAACAUCUUGUUAAAGCUGGUGCUAAUGUGAUUGUGAUCGAUAGUUCACAAGGAAACUCGAUUUAUCAGAUUGAGAUGAUUAAGUAUGCUAAAAAGAUGUUCCCUGAUUUGGAUGUGAUUGGUGGAAAUGUGGUUACGAUGAAUCAAGCCCAGAACUUGAUUCAGGCUGGAGUUGAUGGUUUAAGAGUUGGAAUGGGGUCUGGUUCGAUUUGUACUACUCAAGAAGUUUGUGCUGUUGGCAGGGGACAGGCAACUGCAGUGUACAAGGUAUCAUCAGUUGCUGCAAAAAGUGGUAUCCCAGUGAUUGCUGAUGGUGGGAUUUCAAAUUCUGGACACAUAGUCAAAGCUUUGACUUUAGGAGCAUCAACUGUCAUGAUGGGGAGCUUUUUAGCAGGAAGUACUGAAGCUCCUGGAGCUUAUACAAAUCAGGGUGGUCAACGGGUCAAAAAAUAUCGAGGAAUGGGAUCUCUAGAAGCAAUGACAAAAGGAAGUGAUGCACGUUACCUUGGUGACACUGCUAAAAUGAAGAUUGCUCAAGGAGUUGUUGGAGCAGUUGCAGAUAAAGGUUCAGUGUUAAAGUUUAUUCCUUACACCAUGCAAGCAGUGAAACAAGGUUUCCAAGAUCUUGGUGCUUCUUCAUUGCAAUCAGCUCAUGAUUUGUUGAGGUCUGGAGUCCUAAGGCUUGAGGUGCGGACAGGGGCAGCACAGGUGGAAGGUGGAGUUCAUGGUCUUGUGUCUUAUGAAAAGAAAUCCUUCUGAUCACAUUCAUGUCUGUAUAACGAUUAAUUAAUAUGCAUUGUUAAGUUAUCCAGUGCACAAGCUCUGUUGUAUUAUGGUUGCAAUUGACUUGAUUUGGGUUGCUUGCUUACAUCUGAUUCUCAAACAUAUGAAGUUUGUGUCAAAA